AUGUAUGAGAAUGUACCGACAGUGUCUGCUUCCAAGCGGCAGCAGGUGCUUCAGGCCUCGGAGAGGCUGCAGUCCAAGCUCAUGCAGAGGGAAGAGUGGACAAACAGUGACAGGCAUGGCACGCUGAAGGAAGCCCUGCAGAGCCCUCUGUUUGGCCACAUCCUCACCCUACAGCACUCCGUCAAACAGCUGAAAGACCAGUUAAACAGCUUGUCCCCAGACACCUGCAGCGAGUUCAGUUUCUCUAAAAAGGGCCAGUUGAUCGUCAGAGCAAGUCGUCCGUCCAGUAGCCUGGGAUCCGUGGUGUCCAACGAUAUAGUUUCGAUGAAUGCAUCUUCCGAGCAGCUUCAGAAAUGGAUAUAUGCUGCGGCAAAUGGAAGGAGAACGGAGCUGAGGCUGCAGAAGCCAUUAUCUGGAGGCUUGGGCUUCAGUGUGGUGGGCCUGAGACUGGAGGGGGUGGGCAGUCAUGGUGUGUUCGUCAGGCAGGUACAACAAGGGAGUGUCGCAGACAGGGAUGGAAGAUUGCAGAAGAAUGAUCAAAUUUUGGCGAUUAAUGGGAUUCCUCUGGAUCAGAGCGUGACCCAGCAGCAGGCCAUCGCUCUCCUCCAGCAGCAGAGAGACCAUGUGGAGCUGGUGAUGGCCAGAGACAUUGCUGCCAAGCCUAGGCUUUCUACAUCUGGACCCAUUCAGACGGACCAGUGGGGACACUUGGAGGAGAUUGAGCUGCUGAACGAUGGCUCCGGCCUCGGCUUUGGGAUUGUCGGAGGCAAGACAACAGGAAUGGUAGUCAGAACCAUGGUGCCCAACAGUGUGGCAGAUAAGGACGGGAGGCUGAGAGAAGGUGACCACAUCCUGUGGAUCGGUGAGACGUCCACGCAGGGCUUGGCCAGUGACCAGGUGGUGCAGGUGCUGCAGGCCUGCGGUAGUCGCGUGUGCAUGCUGAUCGCACGAGACCCUCUUGGGGCACCCCAGCCUCCGCCCCCACCUCCACCUGCCCCCACCACUGCUCCCAUCACCUCCCCUCCCCCUCUACCUCCUGUAGCAGCCAACAGGCUCAGCAAAACAGUAGUUCCAUUGAUGCAGCCAAACUUGGAGGGCUACGAAAUCCACAAAGUUGCGUUAAAAAAGAAAGAAGGCCAGAGCCUCGGGAUCUCAAUAAUAGGAUAUAAUGCAUUCAUCAGUGAGGAUGCCGUGGGGGUCUUUGUAAAGUGCGUGGUUUUAGGCAGCGCCGCUGAGCAGAGCGGUAAAAUCCAUGUCAACGACAGGAUAAUAGCGUUGGAUGGAGUUAACCUCCAUGGAUUCACCAACCAGGAAGUCUUGGAGGUAAUGAGGCAGACGGGCGAGACGAUACACCUUACCCUCAUUAGGAAGAUCGCCUCACCCAAAAGGACACACGUAGAGAAAUCUCUGGAUAAAGUCCAGACAGAGUCAUCGCGUGUAUCUCUGAAGAGAUCGUCUGAGAUCAAGGCUCGGACGGAUGUUCUGAGGAGCACUGUGAUUGAGUCUGUGGACCCUUCUUUUAGCGGAAUCAAACAACAGCUGCAGGGGAAAACCCAAGAGCUGGCCGCGCUGACGGAGAUGGAGCUUCGUGCUAAAUGGGAGCAGGCUCUCGCCCCGCAUUACGAUGUUAUGGUUGUUGUGCUGAAUCCGGUAAUAGAGGAUGAGGUUGAUUUGCAGAAGUACUCCAAGAUUCUCCCAAUACACACAAUGCGCUUGGGCGUGGAACUAGACUCUUUCAACGGACAUCACUACAUCUCUACAGUAGCUCCUGAGGGCCCAGUUGCAAAACAUGGGAUACUUCGACCAGAGGAUGAACUUCUGGAGGUCAAUGGGAUGCAGUUGUAUGGGAAGUCCAGACAGGAAGCUGUUGCAUUUCUCAGAGAGGUUCCUCCUCCCUUCACUUUCGUUUGCUGCCGACACCUUGCUGAGGAGGGCAGCGAUUAUCACCCUGAAUCUGAAGAGUCAGCCUUGAGAGAGUAGAGGGUUGAGGAGGAGGAAGAGGAUGAAGGGGAGCUGGAUCUCUGGUCUCCAGAAGUUAAGGUGCUGGAACUGGAGAAAGGAGAACAAGGACUUGGCUUCAGCAUACUAGACUAUCAGGACCCUUUGGAUGUUGCAUGCUCUGUUAUUGUCAUCCGUUCCCUGGUGCCUGGAGGGAUGGUGGAGAAUCACUUUGGGCUUCUCCCUGGAGACCAGUUGGUUUUCGUUAAUGACACUCAUCUGGACACAUGCUCUCUGGCACAAGCAGUUGAGGUCCUCAAAACAGCUCCACCUGGGAAGGUCUACCUUGGAAUCAGAAAACCAGUGGUGGACUUUGAAAAUGGCUCCAUCUUAUCUGACGACCUGGACGAGGAGCCAGAGCUGAUCUUGGACACCAAACCGCGCUACGCCUCUCCCCUCACCACUGUUGACCUCCUGCCUGGCUUGAAGAGAGAGAUGGCUGUGGAUGAAGAAGAUGAAGAGAAACAGAGUGUGUUCACAGAGGAAGACAAUGAUUUCAGCACAAUCGUUGAGCGCAUACAGCCGCCAGAACUGCUGCUCCCGUGGAUUUCCCUCAGUGAGCCUUUGUCAUGGGUGGAGGCAGCCGACAGUGAGGCAGACUCUGACUCCAGGAAUGGAAGCUCAGAACUCACCUUGACCGACACCGACACUGAGUCUAUGCAGCUAAUGUCCUUUGACAACAGGACGAAGGGGAGAAACCUGGGGGCUGGUGUUCCAGUAAUCAGAGGAGGCCACAGUAACCUACCAGAGAGAGAGGAGGGAGAGGGUGAGGAGACACCUGCAUUCAGUCACUGGGGUCCACCACGCAGAGUGGAGGUGUGGCCAGAGCAGCAGGAGUCUAUGGGUAUCAGCAUAGUUGGUGGGCAGACCGUUAUAAAGCGACUGAAGAACGGAGAAGAACUGAAGGACAUUUUUAUUAAACAGGUGCUGCCUGAUAGCCCAGCUGGACAAACAGGUGCCCUUAAAACAGGAGACAAGAUCUUACAGGUGUCUGGAGUAGAUUUGCAGAACGCCAACCAUGAGGAGGCAGUACAGGCCAUCAAAGCGGCCCACACUCCCGUGGUCGUCAUCGUGCAGAGCCUGACCUCCACACCACGGCCUGUCUCUGUGAUGGCCUCCAGCAUAAGACAGCACAAGGCUAAGACAAAAGCCGCCCAGCAGACAGCAGGACAGACCAGCGGCCCUCCGCCCAUGCGUCUACCCCCACCCUACAGACCCCAGAGCCUUGUGAAAGAGGAGGAACAGCAGGAGAAAGAGAGGGAGGAUGAGGUGCAGGCAAGAGAGGUGAUCAGGCACAGGUACGCGGACCUGCCGGGAGAGCUGCUGAUCGUGGAAUUGGAGAAGGAUCAGAGUGGCUUGGGACUCAGCCUGGCCGGAAACAGGGAUCGGUCCUGUAUGAGCAUUUUUGUGGUGGGGAUCACACCUGGAGGACCAGCCAGCCGCGACGGCUGCAUCAGAGUGGGCGAUGAGCUGUUGGAGAUAAACAACCAGGUGUUGUAUGGCAGAAGCCACCAGAAUGCGUCGGCCAUAAUAAAAAGUGCUGCGUCAAAGGUCAAACUCGUGCUGGUCAGGAAUAAAGAUGCUAUCAAUCAAAUGGCAGUCCCUCCCUUUCCUUCUCAGCAUUCAUCUAUCUACCCUAAUGAGGCACAUCACAAUACGUCAGUGGUUCCAGCUUUGCCAGAGAAGCCACAGUUGCCCGAGAGCCUCCCUCUCAGCAGAAGCCCACCAGAGCCGCCACUGAUCAAGGAGCAUCCCAGCGUGGUUUCAGCUGUGAGCCUCACACCGAUAGAACCAACACAGAAGCGUGUCAGAGAGGGAGAGUCAGCUUUAAAGAAGCUGAAGUCUUCAGACAAAGUGCUGGUCUCUACAAGUGAACAGGCACUCAGACCUAAUGUGGAACAGAUCACCAGUCUUCCCAAAAACCAGAGAAAUUCUGCUAAGGCCACGACAGGUUCUCUGGAGGUCACGUCCCAGGGAUCAUCCGCAACAGUCUCUGGCACCAGCCCUGACCUCGAGUACUGUAGCAAAGACCCUGCUACAUGUCCCAUAGUUCCAGGACAAGAGACGGUUAUUGAGAUUUCUAAAGGCCGAUCUGGACUUGGUCUCAGUAUUGUUGGGGGCAAAGAUACUCAGCUGGAUGCCAUAGUGAUUCAUGAAGUGUAUGAGGAGGGGGCAGCGGCACGGGACGGUCGACUCUGGGCAGGUGAUCAAAUCCUCGAGGUAAAUGGAGUGGACCUGCGCAGCGUGGGUCAUGAAGAUGCGAUAGCUGCUUUGCGGCAAACACCGUCUAGAGUGCGUUUGACGGUUCUGCGUGAUGAAGCCCAGUAUAGGGACGAGGAAAACCUGAACAUGUUCCGUGUGGAGCUCCAGAAAAGAACCGGCCGCGGGCUGGGCCUGAGUAUUGUUGGUAAGAGAAACGGUAAGGGUGUGUUCAUCUCAGAGGUGGUGAAGGGUGGAGCAGCUGAUCUGGAUGGCAGACUGAUGCAGGGAGAUCAGAUCAUGUCUGUGGGUGGAGAGGACAUGAGACAGGCCUCACAGGAGACCGUCGCCGCCAUCCUUAAGUGUGCCAGGGGAAAGGUACUGUUGGAACUGGGCCGACUGAAGGCUGCUUCUUGGAUCUCAUCCAGAUGCACUUCCCAGAGAAGUCAGAUGAGUCAUGUGAGCGCCAAAAGCAGCACCCCCACUCCCACGCCCCCUGUCGCGGCCCCACCCCGCUCUCAAACCCUCAACAACAACAGUCGAGCCAUCACUGAACCCAACGGCAAAAGCACAGGGACAGAAUCAGGCCUCCGCACAGUUGAGAUCACACGGGGUCCCACAGAUGCUCUUGGUGUCAGUAUAGCGGGUGGUAAGGGCAGUCCGCUUGGCGACAUCCCCAUCUUCAUCGCUAUGAUCCAGGCCAACGGCAUGGCUGCCAAGACACAUCGCCUCAAAGUAGGUGAUAGGAUUGUUAGCAUUAAUUCUCAGUCUCUGGAUGACUUGACACACGGGGACGUCGUAAAUAUGCUGAAGAAUGCUUAUGGCACCAUCGUUCUCCAGGUGAUCGCCGACACCAACAUCAGUGCCAUAGCCAGUCAAGUGGAGAGUCUGUCCAGUAGCUCCGCCCCCAGCACAAGCCCAGAGGUCCAGCCAGUUGAACCAGAGGCCCCAAAGCCAAAAAACAUUACUCUGGAGAAGGGCUCGGAGGGACUGGGCUUCAGUAUCGUAGGCGGAUUUGGUAGUCCACAUGGAGAUCUUCCCAUCUAUGUAAAAACAGUCUUCGGCAAGGGGGCAGCAGCAGUGGACGGGCGUCUGAAGCGUGGAGACCAGCUCCUGUCGGUGAACGGAGAGAGUCUGGAGGGAGUCACACAUGAACAAGCUGUGGCAAUACUGAAGAAACAGAGAGGAUCCGUCACGCUGUCUGUGCUCUCCUAACACACAAACACCCAUAUUAAAGGGACAGUUCACCCAAAAAUGAAUUUCUGUCAUGUACUCACUCUCAUAUUAUCUCAUACCUGAAACUGUCCCUUUAAGGACCACAAACACUGAAAAACACAAACACUCCAUUCACAUGUCUUAAAGAGACUUUUUGCUCAAAUCACAUCAGCGAUGGCCAUCAUUUGGACCCUUUACCUCCUGAUAUGGUCUGUUAUGAGGUCGUGAGGACUGAUGGAGAGAGACUGUUUGCACUUGAUGCCGUCUUCACCUCUUUACUCUUGUGCACCUGGUAUUUUAAAUCAUAAAGGGAAAUCACACAUGUAUUGUGUCUGCACAACAUUGUAUUGUCUUAGUCUUUGGACCUGUAGCUGCUCCAUUUGUAGGUGAAUUAUGUGGUAAUAUUAGAGAUGAUUAUUUUAAUGGAGUGAGUGCUGGUAACUCAAGACCAGGAGAUAAAUUUGGAGUAGCAUAUAUAAGACACGCACUAAUACACACACACACACACACACACACACACACUUCUUUUCAAACUCCAUUUGAAAUGAUGAUUUCAGUCUAAAUAAGACAACUUUUAGUUCUACUAAUUUCUUGAUUCAAACUGAGGUACACACAAACACACAACAGACAUUAUACACAGACUAACUCACAACAUUCGCAAGAAAUCAGAUUACUUUUCGUAAUAAAUGUAGUUGGUUUGAUUACUUCAUGGAUAUGCAUUAAAAGGGACACAGAUAUAUAGUUGAAAAUGGUUGUAAAUGUGCCUUGGAACAGGCAGAUUCGAUUGGGAUGUUUUAUUGGGUUUUUUUUUUAGCCAGUAUUAGAUAAUGUAUUAAGAUCAUAUCAAUAAGACUUUGUGCAGGGUAGCUUUAUGGAUAUUUCGCAGAACAGUUCACCCAAUUUAAAUUCUGUAAUCAUUUACUCACCCUCAUGUUGUUCCAAAAGUGUAUGUUUUUUGUUGUUGUUGUUGUUGUUGUUGUUUUUUUCUCAGUGGAACACAAAAAGAGGUGUUUUGCAGAAUGUUGAUGCUGAUUUUUUUUCCCCCAUAAAAUGAUGUCAGGGGCUGUCGAGCUUAAAUUUCGAGUACAAAUAUCAUAAAUCAACCUGGUUUUAUAGAAUCAGGUUACUAUAUUUUUUUGGCAAAAUGAACUGUUAAAAAAAAAUGAACAUUAGAUGUGCUACAACAACAAUUACUUUUAUUACCUUUCACACAAAUCACAAGUAAAACGGCAAAUUUUCAGUUUGUAAACACUUUUCGCCCUGUUCAUCACAAAAUUGCGCAUGACUUGUAAGACGAUAAAUUACGAACUUGUUCAAACAUUAUCAAAUUGCAUGCUAGCAUUGCACUUGCAAUUCAUGGGACCGGGAUACGAAUCAUGAACGAUUUGGACAAAAAAAAAAACUCAAAUUGUGAUUAUUUUGAAUAAAUAUUUCAUUUUGAACUGGUGAUAUGAUAAGCAUUUUAACCAAAAUUAACCCAUGUUUUACCAAUGUUUUGCCCAUGCCAUUGCCCAUUAAACCAUGUUUUGCCCAUGCUGACCGGAAAUACUGUUCUAGAAAUGGUAUUCAAACUUGAGGCCUCUUAAAAAGAACCAAACUAAAUAAAUAAAUAAAACAGUGAAACACAGUGGAAAAAAAACAUUAUCACAUUGCAUCUAUCCACUGUGUACAUUUUUGUUGGGGGGGAGUCUAAUUUAAUUUGUGAAAGGGUCAGCUCCCUUUUCAUAAUUUUUUUUUAAACCCAGUCAACUUGAGUAUCAUAUUUUUGUAGUAUAACAAAAAUAAGUUCUGAAAUUAUUAUAAAAGUAUAGUUUUAUUUUAUAAUAAUAAGAAUAAUUACAAUUAUUACUAUUCAUUGGUAAUGUAUUGCUUGCAGCAUUGCUUUGCAGCCUUAAGCCUUUAUAUUAGUGGAAGCUUUUAUUAUGGCGGGAAACGGAAUGAACUGAAGUUUCGGUUGUUUGUAGCUUAGUUGUCAACAGCAUUUUAAUAUAGUGAAAUGCUCUCAUCUCCCUUUCUGUCCACAAAAACCCAGUGUCAUGGGGUUAUUUUAGAUUUGUAAAGUAUAUUUCAGUGGCCAAACAUAUGUGAAAUUACGCAAAUGUGCAAUUAAAGUGAACUUGGAGCACUUUAAAAAUAAUGCGCUCAGUGCACGUUAACACAAACAGCUGCGCAAAUAAAUGCAGAACAGUGUGAAGCAUGUUCAGAAUAUUUAUUUAAUGAAAAUGCAGCCCUCUUGGUUUGAUAAUCGCACUGGGUCAUAUGGUGAUUUCGAUUUUAUUUUGAUUAAUCGUUCAGCCCUACUAUUCGUUAGGUUUAGAUUGAAAGUUUAGGGUAGGGAGGUUGUUGAUUUAAAACUCGAUAGAGCAUUAACCUUAAAAACCUUAUCUGCUUGCUUUUAGCGCCACACUGUGGACAUUUCUCAUUGGAACUGCAGCAAUACACGUAAGGAACCACUUAAUGUCAUUGAGCAAAAAUGUCGCCACAGUCACGUAAUUUUCAUGAGAUCAGGCUGUCAUAAAAGAAGUCUGUAUAGCUUGUGCACUACAUUACAAGUCUUCUGAAGCCAUACGAUAGCUUUGCAUAAGGAACGGACAGAAAUUCAUUUGAUGAUUUUGCUUCAUGAGGUUGAAUAAAUAAUGACAGAAUUUCCAUUUUGAGGUGAACUCCUCCAAUUAUAUUGCUGUAGCAGGAUUUCAAAUUGCUAUAGUCAAACCUCUACUGAUAUACUGUAUGUUGUUGCACAGAAAUUCUUACGAAUAACAUAGAUUUUUUUUUUUUUUUUUUUUACAUUUUUAUAACUAUUAAUUCAGUUGCACACAUUUCUAGUGUUUAAUUGUAAAAAAAAAAAAAAAAAGUUUUUCCUUUGUGGGACAUGAUUUUGCAUUGCUAUUGUCUCUGUGAAGAUGUCUAGUAUGACACCUCGUCUCAGUGUAUGCGUGCCUCACAAUAUGAGGAUAUCCUGUGUCAGUCUGUCUUCUAGAGGAAGUGUUUCUGGGUCUCCAGGCUGUAGACAGCAUGUGGCAACCCUAUCCAGACCGUCUCAUCCACUAGGAUUUUGUAAGCAUAUAGAAGCAUACAUUGUCCUCUCAUACAAUGCCUUGAAUUCUCAUGCCAUGUGGACAGUGUGUUAUAACCCGUCUACUCCUGCAUCCCUUUAAAAAACCUGCCUGUGUCUCUUAUGCCUGUCUUCCCGUCUUGAAUCACCUUUCAAACUAAUGCAACUCAGUCUGCUGUCUUCCUUCUAACUUUGCUAGAUCUUUAGAUUUAGGCUGUGAACCACAAAACUGACUUGAAUCAUGUUGAUCGUUAAAGGGUUAGUUUAGCCAAAAAAUGGCAAUUCUGUCAUCAUGUUGUUCCAAACCCACAGAAAAAAAGAAAGUCAUACUGGCUUGGAACAACGUAAAUAGAGAAUUUUCAUUUUUUGGUGAAUUUGAAAACAUUUGUAGUACCUUUCUAUCAGUCAUUGUUUCCGUCGAAUAUCACUGUAAUAAGUCCAAAGAAACCAUUUAGUACAGUUCAUACAUUCAAUACAAAAAGCUAAGCCUGAAAUAAAGCUGAUUUAUCAACAUAUACAAAAUGAAUGUGAAUUCAUUUAUUAAGUAUCAGUUAUCCAAUGUGCGGGACAUUUUUUUUUUUACUUUUGACUUCUAAAUUGUUGUUAUGAAAUAAAAAAAAAUACAGUGGGGUUCAACUUCAUAAGUCUGUAUUUUUCUAAUUAAAAAAGAAAUCGUUGAUUUUCAGUAUAACAAUUUGAGUGAAAAGUUGAAUUGAAAAAAGUAAGGAAAUCUGACCUUUUUUACAGAGUCAAGAAAAAUAUUGUUGAAUCAAAAUUGAAUGUUAUUCAUUUGUACACUCAAAAAUAUAUUUUAGACUAUUUUUAAGAUUUAUAUAUACUUAACAAAAUUCCAUCAAUUGUGUCAUAUUUACCAACAUUAAAUGAUUAAAACUUAAAAUAUUUAGAAUACUCAAUACAAUAUUGAAAUAUGCAAAUCUUAAAAUUAUUUUUUUCAUUGCUUGUCAUAAUGUUUGUUGUAAAUCCUCAAACCUAGUUUAUUUCUAGGUUUGUGUGUUUUUCUAUCUUUGCCUAUUUAUAAUUCUUUGUUUGUAAAAAUAUAUUUUUAGAACUAUUUAAAGUAAUAGUUCACACAAAAAGGAAAAUUCUCUCAUCAUUUACUCACCCUCACGCCAUCCCAGAUGUGUAUGACUUUCUGUCUUCUACAGAACACGAAUGAAGAUUUUUAGAAGAAUAUUUCAAGAAACAAAAUCCAAUACUAGCCAUGUCUGCAUUAGCUUAUUAGCAUAUAUUGUUUUUAUUAUUAUUAUUAUGAUUGUAUAGAGGCUUGAGAGCAAAUUUCUGAAAUACAGUGUGUCUGAUAUUAUGUUAAUAUGCAUAAAGUACAACGAUACAACAGACAGUACAAUAAAUGGCUUCUACGAUCAACUACAAUUAAUGUUUAAAGUUAAAGUUAUUCUACAAAAAAGAAAACAGAGCAAACCUUCGGUACAAGUUAAGCUGUGUCAGCAAUUAAAAUUAUACAGUAUAUUCAACAGAUUACAGCAGCAAUCAGAGUUAAUAUGGGGUGCUGAUUCAGCUGAUUAUAGUGUAGAUAUUUCCUUAAAGUUACAUGACAGUUAUGUUUUCAUCCGUUUGGUGAACAGUGAUGUUUUCGUUCACUUGAGUACAUUCACUUCUCCUGAAAAACAAGCAUUGCAGUUCCACUGUUUAAAAGAGAAACAUGUUUCAAAAGAAAUUUUUACAAAUUUUCAGCAUGAUUUUCUCAUUCUGACUUACAGUAUGAAAGUAAAUUGAUUUACGAAAAUGAUUUGUUUUUAACAAGUUAAACAUUACUUGUAAUCUUGGAAAAACGAGUGUAAAUUUAACAUCAAAACAUCACAUCAAACAUAAUUUUAACGUAUUACAAACAUAAAUAUACCACAUAUCGCAGCUCAGAUGAGACACCCAGUUUUAAUUUUUCUCAGGCCAAAUAAACAUUGGCGAUUUUGAUCAUGGGUAAAUUAUGUGUAUUUCAUGACCAGGUUUUGUACAGAUAUGUGUAUUUCUUUUCCCAGUUACUUGUCUAGACAAUUGAACCACUGAAAGGUUCUGUAAUGCUUUAUAAAAUAUUGAUAACUGCAUUGUUGAGGUAUUACCUGACUGCAUCAAGCCUAUUUUCAUAGGUUGGUGAUCCAUUAGUCAUGGUGUAUUCAUUGGGCAUCACUGCUUCUGGUUUGCUUUAGUCAACAAUAGACUUUUAUUUACACAAAUCUGAUUCCAGAGACUAUUUGCUAAAUACAAUAUAUCACAUAACCGUAGAAAUGAUAUUUGCUUAAAUCAACAUUUGUUGAAAACAUUAAUAGACAUUAUUACAUAAUGUUUAUAUUCAAGUAAUUUGACAUUUUAUGAAACUUUUCAUAUAUUUUAACUAACUAUUAAUGAACAAAACUUUAACGUUUAUCAAAACUUUGCACUUAAUCUUGGUUAUUACGAAUUUUUGGCAUAAAUUAUAAAUUUUUACAUUACAUUUUUAGUAUAAUGUAUCUACAUUACAUUAGUUAAUGCAUUAUGAACUAACAACUAACAAUUGUGUUUACAUAAAUUAAUCAUGAUUAAUGAAUGCUGUUAAAGUAUACAGUAUUGUUCAUUGUUAGUUCAUGAGCAUACAUCUAGAACCUCAUUGUAAAGUGUUACCAGAAAUUCUACAAUAACCACUUAUCUGUUAAUGUUUGUAAAUGACAUACUAAUGAAAGUUAUAAUAAAGUGUUAUCACAUUUUUUUUUUUUUUUAUGC